AUGAAACUAUCAAUUGCCGUACUGUCAUCAAUCCUUGCUAUCUGCUCGGUCACCGUUUCCAAUCCAGUUGAUCCCAGCUCGACCACAAGUAUCGAGCCUACUUCCACCUUAUUUCCUGGUCUAUAUCAUCAAUAUCUGUCUGACUGUCAUCCAUUUACGCUGAACGAAAUAGUACUGAUCAAACAGUACGCAGAUGUCAAACAUAAGCUCAAUCAAGAAGCUGAAGAAAUCGAUUUAAAAGAGUCCAGGGUUGAAGAGCAAAAAGAAUUGUUGGACGAGCAAAGGAGAUCACUUAGACUUUUGCAAGGACAUCCAACUUCAACAAAUCAGAGCGUUCCAAAUUAUGAACUAAAUAUCUUUCAAACUCAAUCUGGUAUUGAAACCAGCCAUACCACUCUUAAAAAUCUUGAAGAAGAGUUGAGUGAAUUAUAUGAGAUCCAUUUAAAAGUGCGUAAAGAAUGGACCGAGUUACAAUCGAAACUUUAUGGUUAUCUCGUGAAACAUGGUACAACUGGAGUAAUAGUCACUGGUGCGCCAAACCUGGAGCUAUAUCCCGAAUUCAUGAAAUGCUUUGGUGUUUUCUACGAUGGAUCAUCACAAUGA